AUGUCUCCAUUCAUUGAUAUCAUUGGUAGCAACAACUGUACCAAACGAAACAUGGUCGAAGGGACUUCCGGCAUGAUACCGUCAAAGAAAGAAGCCCUUAUUCUGAGUCACUUAUGCUCGAUACUUGAGAUUCUUCCAACCAAAGUUGACAUGGACUCCAAUUUCAUUAGCCUUGGUGGUCAUUCACUGAUGGCUAUCAAGCUAUCCAAAGCAUGCAAGAAAGAUGGUCUCGCCCUAUCAAUACCAUCCAUUCUUUUAAGUCCCACCCUUACACAGCUCAUCGAAUCGGCUACUGGAACAAGAUCCACUCCUUCAACAACCAUUCUAAAGAACACACAUGAUCUGAAUACACCUGUCAGUUCUACACGAUUGACACAUGAACGUCGCAUGUCACUCUCUAGAACAAUGCCUUUUAACAAACAUGCAACAUCCACAUCCACAUCCACUCUUUCAAUAACAGAGAUGCAACAUUCCUUUAUGCAUAGCUACCAAAGACAACCUGGUAGCAACAUCAUCAGUUUCUACGAGACAUACAGUACUGCCGAUAUUCCAACCAUGAAAAUGGCUUGGAAGACGGUUAUAGAUUCGGAACCAGUCUUCCGCACGAUUUUCGAUCACGAAAGAGCUACUGCCACAUAUUCGAAACAACCAUUACCAUUCAUCUGGGAUGAGGUUUUUGUUGAAGAUACAGAUACAUAUAUUUCAGAACUAGAGAAGGAAACUGUUCCGGAAAAGAUGGAGGUUUCUUUUAAAGUUCUUACUCCCCGGACCCAAAGAUCUGGAAAUGUUGGCGUUAGCACGAUUAUUUGGAGGGUUCAUCAUGCAUUUAUUGAUGGAUACUCGGCCAAUCUAUUGUAUGAAAAAGUCCGAAAGAUUGUGAUGGGUCAGGAUAUCGUUCCUGGCACACCAUUCUCAAAUGUUAUCCAUGAAGUUCAAAAAUAUCAGCAGAUGAACCGAGAUGUAAGCAGAGCUUUCUGGAGGAAACAAAUGGAACUACAUCCAGCACCUGUGGGCGAUUUGGCUCUUCCAGUGCCAUCUUCACCAUCCAAAACAUCUCGAAAUGCCGAUGUUUCGUUCACGAUACCCUCUGAUGAGAUUUCUGCCGCUGCGAAGUCAGCUGGUAUCUCAUUGGCAUCAUGGUUUCAAGCAGCUUGGGGUUUGGUACUAUCCAUGUACGCUGAUUCCGAUACCGUGGUUUUUGGUACCGUUCUUUCGGGUCGUAAUUUACCAAUUCAUGGAAUGGAUGAUACGAUUGGCCCUUUGAUCAACACCUUGCCAUUCCAUGUCUCGCUAGACCGCAGUCAAACUACUUUGGAAUAUGUUCAGUCUGUCUUUAGACACUCGGUUGAGCUAAGCACAUUCCAGCAUUCGCUUCCUGAAGAUGGAUACAGUAGGCAAUUUGCAUCUGCAUUGGCAAUGGAGUUUGAUAUGCAACCUACAGAUGACCACAAGGUUCGUCCGAUUGGUCAAUCAUGGUUUAAAGUCGUUCCAGACAUUCCGCUCAGCAUCUUCAUGACCACAACUGGUACUAUCAGAAUGUCAUAUCAAACUCAGAAAUUUGCAGAGUCUGAUAUCGAACUACUAUCUGAGAACUUCCAGAGCGCUAUCUUGUCUCUUCUGUCACCAACCAAGACUAUCGGUGAAUGUUUCUCUGGUCUUCUCUCUACUGGAUCUCAUGAGACUUUAAUGAAGAUGGGAAACUGCUUAUCAGAUGAAACAUCACCAGCCUCAAUCAAAGAUGACUUGGUAACUCUAUUUGAACGCGCCGCCGCAGAAAAUCCAUCCAUUCUAGCGGUAGAGAAAGCAGGAGCAAGCCUGACUUAUCAAGAAUUCGAUAACCUAGCCACCAGAUUAUCAGCUCAACUCUCCAAGUACAUUCAACCUGGUGAUGUCGUCUGUGUUCACGCAGAUCGAAGUAUCAACUGGCUUGUGGCUAUCUACGGUAUCCUAAAGUCUGGUGCAGUAUACUCAGCACAAGAUGCAGCAUUGCCGGGUCAUAUCCGUGAAGCUAAUUUCCAGACUGCUGGUGGAAAACUUUUCUUAACACCUGCAUCUUCUCAACGGGGUAUUGCGCCCGAGUCGUGCACACUGUGUCUUUCGGUUGAGGAUUUAGUUCAAUUACCUGUGCCAAGCUCCAUGGUGGUUGCUCCAAGACAAACACCAAGACCUGCUGAUAGUGCAUAUCUCUGCUUUACAUCUGGUUCAACGGGUAAACCUAAGGGUGUCAUGUGCAGUCAUGAAGGACUUGUGGCAUUCCAGAAAGAUCUUGCUGUUCGACUUUUCGCGCUUCCUGGUCAAAGAAUUUCUCAAUUGAUGUCUCCAGCUUUUGAUGGAAGUAUCCACGAGAUUUUUUCCGCUCUAAGCUAUGGUGCUACUAUUGUAUUAGCUGAUGGCAUUCAUCCAUUCUCUCAUUUGGAAAAAUCCACCGCAGCGAUCUUGACUCCAUCUAUCGCCAACAUCUUAGAUCCAGAAGACUUCCCCAUGUUGCGAAAUGUAUAUCUUGUCGGCGAACCUGUCCCACAACACGUAAAUGAUGUGUGGUCCAGCGUCAAAAAUCUCUACAACAUGUAUGGUCCUACGGAAGCCACGUGCGGAGCCACGAUCAAACGUCUUCUUCCUGGAAAACCAGUCAACAUCGGAGCUCCAAAUCCCACAACUCGGGUCUACAUCCUCGAUCGAAAUCAACAACUUCUUCCACCAGGUGUGAUUGGAGAAAUCUAUCUCGCCGGUGUGCAAGUAGCACGUGGAUAUAUCGGCAUGCCGCAAAUGUCCGCCGAGCGAUUCCUUCCAGACACCAUCUGCAAUCGUCAAGGUGAGAUGAUGUAUCGAACUGGUGAUCGAGGAUACUUCAAUCGAGCUGGUGAGGUUGAAUGUCUAGGUCGCAAUGAUCGACAAAUCAAACUCCGGGGUUUCCGUCUUGAUCUUAAUGAUUUGGAAAUUCGUGUUGCAGAGGCUAUUCCUGAAUGUUCUGGUAUUGCUAUUUGUCAGAAGGGCGAUUAUCUGGUUGCUAUGGUGCAGCCUGAGACUCUUGAUAUUGCGAAGGUUAGAGCAAAGGUUACGAAGGUUCUGCCUGUUCAUGCUGUUCCUAGGGUAUUUAUGGCUGUGGAAAAAUUCCCCAUGACACCGGCUGGAAAAUUGGACUAUAAGGCUAUUACCAACAUGACGCUAGUAGAGAAAGAAUCCGCACCAAAGAAGAUUGAAAGUUCAACAGAAGCCAAGGUCGCUGAAGCAUGGAAGGAGUUAUUGGGACUCGAGCCUAAUGUGGAGAUUACUAGAGACUCGGAAUUUGUCUCACUUGGAGGUCAUUCUGUUAUGCAGCUUCGUCUUGCUAGCAAGCUCUCUGAUAUAUUCCAUGUGAGGAUGACAGUUUCACAUAUCAUGCAAUCGGUCAAUUUAUUUGAAAUGGCGAGGACUAUCGAUAAUCUUCGUGCUCAGGCUCAACCUGCCGAUGAAAAUGAUGGUUUGGUACCACUGGGUAAAUAUAGAGUCUCACCUAUCGAGCGUGAAUGGUGGGAGAAGUAUAGAUUGAAUGUUGGAACUUCUUCAUUCAAUGUUACCUAUGCCUGCUCAAUCGAUAGCAACGUGGUUGAUACCGACAAACUCAUCUCAGCAUGGAACACGGUACUCGCACGUCAUCGAAUUCUUCGAUGCAGAUAUGUCAGAACUGGACAAAAAGGAGGGGUAAAAAGAGGAUACGACCGAUUCCCGCCUCAGAUCAAGACAGUCAACAAACUUGCUCUAUGGAGAGAAUGCAACCGACCUUUUGAUUUGGAACGUCAACAUCCCAUUCGAGUUUUCCUUUCCCGAAACACAAUGCUCGCAUCCAUGAGUCACAUCAUUGCAGAUUUGACAACCCUCGAAGUUCUCCUCAAGGAAGUCACUACUCUUUAUAGCGGUGGCUCUUUACAACCCGUCGAGCAUACUUACAUGGAUACCACACAAUGGAGCAGCACAGCUACUCCAGACGAGCAGAAAUGGUGGAAAGAAUAUCUCCACGGAGCAACACAAACUUAUACCCUUCCUAAUCUUCCACAACGUACCACAUACGCAGGUCGUACACGACUCACGAAACUCCCACAAGAUCUCACGCGACAAAUCCUCACAUUCACCGAAGAACAAAAAGUAACACUCCAUCAAUUAGCUCUCGGCGCUGUAGCACUUUCCCUCCAACACGACCAAAAUGACAUGGACAUCGUCCUCGGAGGACCCUACUUUAACCGCGGCGCCAAAGAUCUCGAAACCGUCGGAUUAUUCCUCGAACCCCUCCCCAUCCGCAUCCGCCACCCAUCUACACAACCCACAAGUAGUACCUCCUUCCUCCGCAGCGUGCAAACCUCCAGUCAAGAAGCCAUCGCGCACGCUAUGCCCUGGGAUCAAAUCCUCAAUGCCACAUCCACCGCGUCGCAUUUCCCCAAUCAUCCUCUCCUAGACGUCAUGGUUACUUUCCACGACAACCGCGCUCCGAAAACUAUGAUUGAGGGUGUAGAUCCGCUGAUUACUUAUACCGAAGGUAGUAAAUUUGCGCUUUUGGUGGAGUUUUCAGUGCUUUCUGAUAAGGCGAUCGCGUUGAGAUUGGAGUAUGAUGUUAAAUGUGUGGCAAAAUGUGAGAUUGCGGCGUUUGAGGCGGUGGUUUUGGAGGCAAUUAGGGGUUUGAUUGGGGGGUUGGAUGUGGAGGAAGUAAAGAGGGAUUUGGGGGUUAAGAAGAGGAGUGUGGAGAUGGAGAAGGAGAGGGAGAGGGAUGGGAGACCUGCGACUGCGGGGGCUGAGUUUGAUGUAAGGAGAGAUGUCCCUUCCCUAUUUCAAACAUUAUCUGUGGAAGGCAUAAUUCCUUUUACUUUCACCGGAGUCACUCGUGCAAAGGGUCUACUAGGCCAUGACAUAACGCGCCGAAAUGGGAGUCCUUGUUUUGCCUUCAAGUGUUCAAAAUCCCGCACCGCAUAUCCACCAACACCAACACCAAAACCAAAUCCGCUAAAUACCAGUUUUAAAAGGCUGGCAAAAUACCUGGUAUACCGAAAAAAAGAACAAAAGCAAGAAAUUUAA